AUGUUCCAUGUGACAGCAGUGUGUAGGAGGGAGGGCAUCCAAUGUUCCAGACCCAAAACAGAGCUGGGCAAGAAGCUCUAUAAGCGGCGGAGGAAUCUGACCCGUGAGAAGAGGAGGAAACACAUCAAGGUGGGAGCUGUGGUGGACGAAGGACUCACCACCAUCCACCAUCUCAGGAAGAGAAACUCCAGCCCCAGAGCCAACAUCACUCUGUCUGGGAAGAAGAAACGCAAGCUGCUCAAACAGCUGCAACACAUGCAAGCAGAGAAGGCCGCUAUGGAAGUUGAGGCAGCAACAAACAAGAUGAAGGCGGUGGCAGCACCAAAGAAGGCAGCAGCACCAAAGGCAGCAGCACCAAAGGCAGCAGCACCAGCGGCAGUCAGACACCAGAAAGGGUGUGUCCCAGGGGGAUGUGGACAUGGCAGAUAUGGAAUGAGAAGAAGAUGAGAGACUGUUCUGUUGGCCCCAUGCCAAGGCCAGACCGGGCCCCAUAUUCAGACCAGGCCCCAUAUUCAGACCGGGCCCCAUAUUCAGACCCGGGCCCCAUAUUCAGACCGGGCCCCAUAUUCAGACCGGGCCCCCAUAUUCAGACCGGGCCCCAUAUUCAGACCGGGCUCCAUAUUCAGACCGGGCCCCAUAUUCAGACCGGGCCCCAUAUUCAGACCGGGCUCCAUAUUCAGACCGGGCUCCAUAUUCAGACCGGGCUCCAUAUUCAGACCGGGCCUCAUGAAUAUGAUUACAUGGACGGGGGCUGAUCCUGGAUCAGUUUUAGCCUUUUAGACCUAAUGAAUAUGAUUACAUGGACAGGAGGCCUGAUCCUGGAUCAGUUUUAGCCUUUUAGACCUAAUGAAUAUGAUUACAUGGACAGGGGAGCUGAUCCUGGAUCAGUUUUAGCCUUUUAGACCUAAUGAAUAUGAUUACAUGGACGGGGAGCUGAUCCUGGAUCAGUUUUAGCCUUUUAGACCUAAUGAAUAUGAUUACAUGGACAGGAGGCCUGAUCCUGGAUCAGUUUUGGCCUUUUAGACCUAAUGAAUAUGAUUACAUGGACGGGGAGCUGAUCCUGGAUCAGUUUUAGCCUUUUAGACCUAAUGAAUAUGAUUACAUGGACAGGGAGGCCUGAUCCUGGAUCAGUUUUGGCCUUUUAGACCUAAUGAAUAUGAUUACAUGGACGGGGGGCUGAUCCUGGAUCAGUUU